UCUGUCGCGAUAGCAAGCAACUAAUUUACAGGACUGUUUUACUCACAUGCAUAGACUUAUACAAAUAGACUGCGCAUGCAAUGCAAAGCGCUGGGGACAACAUAGGAGUGGUGGGGAUAGCGCUUGUGGGCUUCCGUCUCUUUCUAACCGCAUGCUGUCUCUCUCCAUCGUGGAAAGUGGUGGGCUGAAGCAGAAGGGAAUACAUCAAUUUCCUCCAGUCCCUUUUUAGUAAAGCUACAUGAUGUACAUAUAGUAAACAACAAAAUAAAAACAAAAUGGUUUUGUGCUGUUGUAUUUGUAAAAUAAGUUUUGGUGAAGUUGAACAUCUUUCGUUUCAUAGUUUGCCAUCUAAUGAAAGCUCCAAGGUCGAAUGGCUUUCAGCUAUUAAUAAAACUGUAAGUAAGAGCAGCCGAGUUUGCAGCAGGCAUUUCAAGUCUACAGAUUUCAAGUACAAAAUUCAAAAUGGCAAAAUCUGUAAGAGUUUGACCUCAGAUGCUGUUCCAUCAUUAAUGUUGAAUACAAGCAGUGAGGCAGAAAAUAUUGAACCAACUACACCAGAUACAUUAGAUAGUAGUAGUAAUAUAUUAUGUGAAAAUUUAUUACUUGCUACAUCUUCUUCAACUGAUCUUCAAAAUAACCAAGAAUGUUUCCAAAGUUGCCAAAACAUCUGUGAUAAAGAGUCGCAUAAUGAAGACUCGCAAACAGAUAAUGAAGUAAUAACUUUAGAAUCAGGAUCAGAGAAUCCCAUUGACAUCUCAACAGCUGCUCUCUCUCCAAAUGCUAAUCCUGUAUCAUUAAAAAGAAGAAACAGUAAUUCAGAGUUUAAGCAUAUCCCAAAGCGUCCUAGACACAUUAGAUAUAUUGGAGAUGUGAUUAGGGAUGAUUUUACUUCAGAUCAAGCUUUUCUAGUCGUUGAAAAAUAUUACAAAGAAACAAAAAACAAACUGAAAUUAAAAGAUAAAAACAUUAGUCGUUUCAAGAAAAAAGUCAGCACUUUCGAAGAUUUUUUGGAUCACUUAAAAGAAGUUGGACUUAUUUCUAAAGAAGGACUUGAUGCUGUAAAAUUACAUUCCUCACCCGCUCUUCCUGAAAUAAUGAAAAACAUUCUUUCUACCAAAAAAUGUAACUCCUACUCAUCAGCACUAAAAGACUUUGCUUGUUCCUUAUUAUUUUAUUCAAGUGCAGCAUACAAAUUCGUAAGGGAUCAAUUUUUAAAAGCUUUGCCUUGUCCUCAAACGGUUAGAAGAUGGUUUGGGAAUAUUCAUCUUGGUCCUGGCAUUAGUAAAAAUGUACUAAUAAGCUUGAAAAACAUGAUCGAAGCAGAAUGUUUAAAUGGGAAAGAGUUGCAAUUUGGACUCCAAUUGGAUGAAAUGUCAGUAAAAAAGCUCAUUGAAUUGAAACAUAAUGUAUGGUAUGGAUUAGUUGACAUUGGAGGUCUGGGAAAAAACAAUUCUGAAGAAGCUUCUUAUGCUUUGGUGGCUAUGCUCGUGUGUCUAAAUGGACACUUUAAAACUCCAGUAGCGUAUUAUUUUAUAAAAAGUCUUCGUGGCCAGGCAAGAUCAAAUAUGCUACAGGAAAUCCUGUUAACACUCCAUGAAAAUGGAAUAAGUGACGUUCGUUCUGUCACUUUCGAUGGUGCAUGAAAUAAUUUGAGUAUGGUUUCUGAACUUGGCGCUAAUACUACGGACAUCGAUCAAAAAUGUUCAUUUGAACACCCAGCGACAAAUGAACCAGUUAUUGUCAUACCCGAUGCAUGCCAUAUGAUAAAAUUAGUUCGAAAUCAUUAGCUAAAUACGACUUCAUUGAUAGUGACAAGAAAACAAUUACUUGGCGUUUUAUUGUAAAAUUAGUGAAUUUUCAAGAGCAAGAAGGUACGCAUCCAGGUACAAAAAUUAGGCGAAGGCACAUUGACUUUUACGGCGAAAAAAUGAAGGUCAAAUUAGCGGUGCAAACUUUAAGUACGCGAGUAUCUGACGCUUUAAGAUACUUAGAAAUGAAAUCACUCGAUUUUAGUGAGCAAGUGCAACCGCUUUAUUUUGCAAAAAUUUUAAUGAUGCUUUUGAUAUUCUCAACUCAAGAUGUAGGUUUGGAAAAACUGAGUUGAAAAAUGGCAUAUCCAAAUUAAAUCUUGAACAAUUAGAAAAACACAUUGAUUACUUAGUUGAUUACAUCAAAUAUUUAAAAGUAAAUGAAAAUGGCAAAAUCAAAGACGUACUGGCAAGUAGUCGUCGAAUUGGAUUUUGGGGAAUAAUUA